AUGGGCUAUGUAUUAUUGCCUGGAAUCGCAUAUUUAUUACCCGACUUUCGAUACAUGCAAUUCAUAGGAGCCGUUCUUACGAUUGUAAUGUUGAUCUGGUUUUACUAUCUCCAUGAGUCGCCGCGAUGGCAGUUGGCUAAUGGACAGGUGGAUAAGGCAGAGAUUGUCAUUAAAAAGGCAUUACAACAAAAUGGCAAAUCUGUGGAUAAUUUAAAUAAACAAUUAACACAAUUGGCUACAAACAUGGGCGCAUUAUCUGAUAACAAAAAUGAUAAAAAUCACAAUAUUAUUGAUUUGGUCAGAACUCCAAAUCUGAGAAAAUACACACUAAUUAUAUGGUAUUCAUGGAUUGUAAACGCAUUGAUUUAUUACGGCCUCAGUUUUAAUAUGUCUGAUUUUGGGGGCAAUUUCUACGUAACAUUCCUGUUGUCGGGUCUGAUUGAGUUGCCCUCACAACUACUCACACCGCUAUUUCUCCGAUACAUUGGGCGACGAAAACUGUACGCAAUAUUUAUGGCGAUAACUGCGGUCUCAUUGGUGGCAGUGAUUCCCUCCCAGAGUUCAUGGCUUCGGGUGUUGUUUGCAUUGCUCAGCAAAUAUGGAAUCCAAAGCGCGUGGAAUGUGUUCUUCGUUCACGCGUCCGAAAUAUAUCCCACAGUUAUUCGCAGCACUGGUAGAGGUGUGGCGUCAGUCGUCGGUCGCAUCGGAUCUAUUGCCUCACCCUUUAUGGGAGAUCUGAAAUUGUUAACAAGUUUAUCAUUUGUGAUGAUAUUAUAUGGUGUACUGACGGCUGUGGGCGCUAUACUAGGCUUGUAUUUACCCGAAACUAAAGACAAGGAAAUGCCCGAUACUAUAGAAGAAGCUGAGAAUUUAGGAACUAAUAAUAUUAUUUAA